UUUAAAUUUAAGUGGUUCAAAAUCGCAAAUAAAGAAUUUUUAGAGGUAUAGAAUACGAAAGAGUCAUUUAUCUCACACUUCAUCGAUACAUAAACCGUGUACUCACGCACUACGGUUACUCAAUCUGCCCAUCGCUGCUAUAUGUAAUGGAGAUUACAUAUCUUUAUUUAUGAGUAGCAAGAUCAGUCGUUUGUGCGCAUGGAUGACGAGUAAGACUAACUAGCAAGAGUGGCGCGAUCUGCAAUUUUCGAGUAUUUUCAAAUAGCGUAGACUUAACAUUUCGCAAAACCGGCACAGAACAACUUACUGUUAAAACAGUUUGCAGUCGUCAGUCUGUAAAAAAAAAGAUUUUUCUCUUUCUAUAAAUUUCACUAAUACAUUUUUUUUAACGAGGCAUCGAUAGGGAAGGGAACAUCUUUAUUAUUAAAGCAAUAGCUUGAUUCUUGUGGAAAUAUACUUCUUUUAAUUUACGUUCUUAUACUUGACGAUUAAAUAUGUCUAUUUCCGAUCAUGAAGCUAAUUAUACUCCGACUAAAUGGAGCAAAAGAUUUGAUCAAAUGCGUAUAUUGGUGCAACAUUACAAAUUGGCUAAAAAUGUAACUGAAAAUUCUCGUAAAAAUUUGGAAUGCGAACUGGAUAUUGCAUAUGGAACAACAGAUCGAACUAAAUAUGAUAUAUUUGGCACCGAUUUACCAAAAGACGCUCCAUUAUUUGUAUUUAUUCAUGGAGGUUAUUGGCAAGAAGGCAGCAAAGACACAGCUGCAUUUGCGGCUCCUGUUUUUACUCGCAAAGGGGUCAAAGUUGUUACUAUCGGUUAUGAUUUAUGUCCCCACGUUAAUUUUGAGGAUAUAAUGUCACAAAUAAAAAUGGCAGUGGAACAAAUAUUGAAAUUCGCUUUCAGUCUUGGUAGUCGGGGUGUUUGGAUUUCUGGUCAUAGUGCUGGUGCACAUUUAGCUUCAAGUCUUUUGUUUGAUCAAUUAUGGAUGGAAAAAAUGGCAGAAAAAGGAUGUUUAAGCUUAUUAAAAGGCAUUGUAUUAAUAAGCGGGAUAUAUAAUUUAAACCAGCUGGUUAAUACUACUAUUAUUAACAAUUUGAAACUAACAAAAGACGAAAUCAAGGCAUACAGUUUGACUACUUUAGAUAUCAAAAACAAUAAGCCAAUUCAAGGAUUAAAAGUUAUUGUAACUGUUGGAGAAUGUGAAUCACCGGGAUUCAUUAAUGAAUCACGAGAAUGUGUUCAAAAACUUAUUACAGUAGUGGACAACGUUCAAUAUAUUUUACUUCGAGAUAAUAUCGAUCACUUUAAUAUCGUUGAAAAUUUUACAGAUGAAGAAUUUAUUUUAACAAAAGUGAUACUGAAUUCUAUAUUUUAUAAUUCAUGAUAAAAAGAAAUUGUACAAGUGUUAUGUCAAUAACACACUGAAUGUUAAAAAAAAAAUAUUAAAAAGUACAGUGAAAAUAUUUAACAUAUAAAAACCAUACAUACGUCUUUGUUUAUAAAAAAAUUUAUUCAAUGUA